AUGGAUUUACGACCAAUCCAACAUCAAGAAGCCACAAGCAGCUCUAGUGCAUCUACCACCCAUCCUAGCCACAACCAAGACUCAUUUUCAAACACGAACUCAGAAAGCAAACCAGUACGCUCUAGCGCAAGAGUGAAAGCUGCAAAGAACAAAGCUCAAAUAUCAGCCCAGACCAAAGAGUUUACUUCUAUUUCCGAGCAAGGCCCCAGAGCAUCUUCAUCUAUCCCCUCUGAAACCAUCUCUACACGCAACACACGCGCAAGUCCUGCCAAACCGAAUCGUUCCCGUGAAAGCAACUCCAGUAAAGGAAAGGGAAAGGAGGUUUCUCAAGAAUCAUCUUCUCGCAGCACUAAACGUCAUCGUCGGAACCCCACAUCUACGACAGCGCCUCUUACCAUCAACGAACCAAUUCGCGAUACAAAGGGAAAGAAACGUGCUGCGCCUGAAACUGACGACGAAGAUUUAACUGCUCCUUCUACCAAACGCAUCCGAACAUCAGGAUAUUCUCUCAGAUCAAACACAUCUUCUGCCAAUCCCGCUGAUAUGCCACGGAAAGCGCGAACAUCCACCUCCAAAGGGAAAGCUGCAUUGAAAUCAAAGAUGGCAGUUGCAAGCUCGUCUCGCCUCGAAACCGAAGAUGUUGAAAUGCUAGAUCCAGAUUAUACCAACAGCAAGCAUGGAGACUCAUCGGAUCUCGAUGAAUCGAUGGAAGAGAAGCACGACAUUGAAGGCCAACACGCUGAAGGCGACCAGGAUGUAGGCAUUGAGGAAGCUAAAGAUGAUGACGAGGAUGAGGACGAGGAUGAGGACGAGGAUGGCGAAGGUGGACACGAUGACGAAGCCAGGGUGUCUUCUAGUGACGCAGGUCCCAUUCCAGGUGGAAUGGAUGAAGCAACAGCUUUGGCCAUUUUUGGUGAUUACCGCCAAUUUGGGUCCUACAUGAUGUCUCUGUCAUCGCGUUUGAAGACCAUGCUGAAUAACAUCAAGCCCACUGCGGAUCCUACUACCAGGCUUGUUACUCUUCAAGAGUUGAGCGAACUCCUGAGCAUCAGUACUGAAGAUACCUUGGCCGGAUCUUUCCAGGUUGAACAAUUUGUUAGGGAAUUGGUCAAAAUUUUAGGAGGUCGCGGUGCGGAUGAAGAUGAAGAAGAGGACGAGGAUCCUCCAGAACGCGACGAAGACGCUGCUCUUGCAGCAGCGCUCGCUAUGAGCUCAGGAGGCACAUAUCAAGGCGACGAUAACCUUGAGGCACAACUUCUUGCUUGCAGGUGCUUGGCAAACCUCAUGGAGGCUCUGCCGGGUGUGGCCCACACCGUCGUUUACCAUGGCGCCAUCCCUGUUCUUUGCAGCAAACUCAUUGAGAUUGAUUAUAUUGACCUGGCAGAGCAGACUUUGAGUACUUUGGAAAAAAUUUCGGAAGAAUUCCCAAGUUCCAUUGUACGGGAGGGUGGCUUAGCUGCUUUACUUACCUAUGUGGACUUUUUCCCCAUAGCAUCACAAAGGACAGCUUUGCAGGCUGCAUCUAAUUGUUGCCGGAAUGUGUCAUCGGAACAUUUCCCUAUGAUUCGUGGUGUUUGGCCAAACAUUCGUAACUGUCUUGCAUAUUCCGACCAGCGCCUAGUAGAAUAUGCUUGCCUUUGCGUCAUCCGAAUUGUCGACUCUUAUCACCGUUCAUCCGUGGAAAAUCUGGAAUCUUUGAUUGAUUCAGAACUCAUUCGAGCAGUAAAUCAACUUCUCCUCCCGGCUGGGGGGUCGCCUUUGAUUGCUUCAAAUACGUACACCCUUUUGCUGCGAGCAUUAGCGACAUCUGCAAAGGCUAGCGCUAAGAUAACAGUCGCAUUGCUUGAAGCAGAUAUAGUUGAUACUUUAUACCAGAUUUUGACCGGAGUUUUGCCAUCAGCCUCUCUAAACCAUCUUGACCAAGGAGGCGCAGCAGGUGGACAAGGAUUAGGAGGUGGAUUGGCCGAUAUGACGGUCAUGGAGAAUUUGGCUCAUAGACCGAAAGAACAGGUGGAAGAAGCUCUUAGUCUCAUCUCUGAGCUAUUACCCCCUUUACCAAAAGACGGUGUCUUCGAUCACAAAGCAUAUACUGAGAAAUCCCUUGCGAAACUUGUGAAGGCGAAAGCCAAGGCAGAGAGAGCAGCAGCCCGCCUCGUAACCCAAGCUCAAACGCCCACAGGUGCCCCCGCAACACUUUCAUCCACACCUGGUUCCGCCGUACCUACAGAUGAUGCUUCUCCUGUACCAGGUUCUUCUGAAGUCCCUGUACAAGAGCCCGAAGAAAAUAGAGAGACUUCAGCUGCUCUACCCGGCAUAGAUGUUGCUCCAGAUCGAACAGACAUGUUGCGGAGCAAACCUGCAGUAGUUGGCAGAUUUAUGCAGCUCCUUGUCCCGAUCUUAGUUGACGUCUAUGCUGCAAGCGUGAUCACACCAGUUAGGAUUAAAACAUUGACCGGAUUACUCAAGGCCGUCAGCUUCCUUGAUGCAGAUGGCUUAAAACCUUUUGUUCCUGUGGCUAGUUUUGCAUCCUCCAUUUUGUCCUCCAAAGACCACCCUUCCCUUGUUAUUGGAGCUCUUCAGCUCGUUGACCUAUUGUUGGGAAAGCUGCCUUCGCUUUAUAAGCCAACAUUUCACAGGGAAGGUGUUUUUCACGAAAUUGAGACUUUGGCCGAGCGUACCCUUACAACGUCUAAAGCAAAAGCAAAGGAUGCUCCGGAAUCUGGUGACGAUGCAGCUAGUUCAUCCAAUGCUCCACCGGCGAGUAUCCCUGGAUUCAAAAAGUUGUCGUCAACGUCCUUAGAUCCAGAAGAUGCUAUCACUCUAAGAGCCAGGGUUAUCCAAUUCAAGUAUCUGGCUGAUAAGCAAGACAUUGAUGAGGACGGGGCAUUUCAAAGUUUGCGUAACGUCGUUGUUAGGCUUUCUGCUCCCAAUUCAUCGGAUCAAGAAUAUUCUGAAGCCCUUUGGGAACUUGCUGAUCUGUUUGCAUCCCCCCAUACAUCUGUCUCAAGUUUUGAGCUACUUCAGAGCGGAGUUGUCGAUGGCCUUUUGCUUUUUGCUACGGAUGAAAAUCGUUCUGUGAGUUUGCAACGGCGGAGGGAGAUCCUGCUAGAUGCGUUCUCAAGUCGGAAAGUCAAGAAUCUCACCGCCAACCAAACACCAUUUGCAACCUUAGUCAAGAAAUUACAAGAAAGCUUCACCAGGAUGGAAUCGUUUGAAGUCAUUACUGUAGCACAAAAUAGUGAUGAUUCCAAACGAAGCUCGCCAUCCUUGCUCGCCAGGCAACUUCGAUUACGACUGGUAGCAGGAGAUGAAUCCGAUAUCCCUAAGAGUCUACACAACAUUGUCGUCUCCAUUCAUGCUAUUGCCACUUUCCAGGCCUUGCAUGACUACCUUCGGCCCCGCGUGGCAGGCCAUCCUACUGGCGUUUCCGCAAUGUUAUCAGCGCUUGCCGCAUCAGGAUAUACUGGGAUACCCAAGCUUCCGGGAGAUGAUAAACCAGUCCUUAGUGCAGCUGCAGAAUCGAGUUCUGCUACUGUGCCAUCUACCUCGGGUGUUCAGCGUCGUCGCAGCCAACGCUUGGCCAAGCAGGGUACAAACUCGGCGCCUUCAGACAAUGCCAUUUCUGGACCUGAAGAGGGCGUUGCUGCCACAACAGAAAAUGCUGUAUCAACACUUUCGGAGAUCAAGUCUCCUGUCACGGAUCCUACAUCUUCAUCCCUUCCAGUUGACCCUGCGCCCAGUGAGACGGUCGUCGAAUCGGAGCAACUUCAUGCAGAAUUUACAGAUGACGAAGAUGAAAUUGAUGCAGAUGUCUUUGAAGAUGAAGUCGAUUCCGAAAACCCCAUGUCAGAGAAGACCAUCACUUUGUCUGUGGUUGAAGAGGGUGGUAAAGUAGAGGCCCAAACGCCAGAAGGUACAAGAGUUGCAACUCCUAAUGCCGCCAAAGAAAGUCUAUCGGGGAUGACUAGGAAUAGUAUCUCAACUCGAGGUUCAUACGCCGCUGCCCUGAAAGCCAAACCUACCGACUGGCACCUGGAAUUCUCCAUGGAUGACCACAUCUUGCCUUUGGAUUUGACCAUUUAUGGAGCGAUCCAUCAACACGAAAUGAGAAAGAAAACAGGAGCAACUCCCCUCAAUAUGAUUUGGCAAGGGGUAUAUACAAUUAAGUUUAAGAAAGUCUCUGGUCCCGCUCCAACUCCUGAAGCUCGUGCAGAAAACCCAGACUUCGCAAACAAGAAUCGGUCAUCUUCGAGCCCUAGUCUUUCUUCUCUCCCCGAAGAUGCACCACACACGAAAAUUCUCAGACUCCUACGCAUGCUUUGUCACCUAAAUACUAUCGAGGCUGAGCGGGCGACAUUCCCCGCAGACAAGCGAAACCUCCCUGAUUCUUCAUUUGUCAACAACAAGCUGACAGCCAAACUUACACGGCAAUUAGAGGAGCCAAUGAUUGUUGCCAGUUCCUGUCUUCCUGAUUGGGCUUUGGAUUUGCCUCAGCAUUUCCCUUUCUUGUUCCCAUUCGCCACUCGCUACAACUUCCUUCAAUCUACAUCAUUUGGCUAUGCUCGCUUAAUCCUGAAAUGGCAGAGUCAACAAAACCGAGGUCAGGAUUCAUCGAGAAGAGAUGAUGGGAUAGGUUUCCUAGGACGUUUGCAACGUCAAAAAGUCCGCAUAUCUCGAAAACAUAUCCUCGAAUCCGCGGUAAAGGUCUUUGAGUUGUAUGGGUCCUCUUCAUCUAUACUCGAAGUUGAAUAUUUUGAAGAAGUUGGAACUGGUCUGGGACCGACCCUCGAAUUUUACUCUCUGGUAUCAAAGGAGUUUGCUCGGAAGGAUUUGAAGCUCUGGAGAGACGCAGAUAGCUUUGGAUCCGGCGUCUACGUUGUUCAUCCAAAUGGUCUUUAUCCUGCGCCCUUGAGCCGUGAAGACAUACUUAACGAUGGUGGACAAAAACGAACUCAUAUCCUGCGAGUGAUUGGCCAGUUUGUUGCCAAAGCAAUGUUGGACUCUCGAAUAAUCGAUCUGUCGUUCAAUAAAGUAUUUUUGAAACUUGUAUUGGGUGAAGAGGUUCCACUCACCAUCGCGACACUCAAACUUGUCGAUCCUGACCUUGCUAACUCGCUUGCCAAAGUGCAAAGCCUGGCUGCUGAAAGCAAUGCCAUGAAAGGCAAACUUGCGCAAAAAGUGGCACAAAUUGAGCAAGUAACCGUGGAAGAUCUGGCUUUGGACUUCACUAUGCCUGGUUAUGAUAUUGAAUUGAGGCCGGGUGGUCGCAAUAUACUGGUAACAUCUGAAAACGUCAGCGAAUAUGUCGCGGAGGUUCUCGAUGCCAUACUCGGGAAGGGUGCUGCUAUUCAAGCGAAAGCUUUCAGGGAUGGUUUUUCCAAGGUUUUCCCAAUUACCGACCUUCGCGCAUUUUCUGCAGAUGAGCUCGUUAUGCUUUUUGGUAAUUCCGAAGAGGAUUGGAGUGUAGAAACACUUUCCGAGGCCUUGAAAGCUGACCACGGCUUCAAUGUAGACAGCCGCGCCAUCCGCGACCUUGUGGAAAUCAUGUCGGAAUAUGAUCCCAGCACACGGCGUGCUUAUCUUCAGUUCAUCACUGGAAGCCCCAAACUUCCGAUUGGCGGUUUCCGAGGCCUAAACCCACCGCUUACUGUGGUUCGCAAACCUCAUGAAGCUCCGCUGACUGCAGACGAUUAUUUGCCCAGUGUCAUGACCUGCGUGAACUACCUGAAGCUACCGGAGUAUAGCACCAAGUCGGUCAUGAAGGAGAAACUCAAGACAGCAAUGUUGGAAGGAGUAGGAAGCUUCCAUCUUUCUUAA